AUGAGUGAGCUUAACAGCCGGAGCAGCCGCAAGAAACUCCAGCAGCCGUUAGAUUCUCUCUCUAAUUCUGGCGUGGAGAAAGCAAAUGUGAACGAUAAACUACACAAUUUCCAAUUCACAAAAGUCGAUUCCUCGUCACCAGAUGAAGCAAAAUUCGCUGGCAUUGAUCUUUCUGUUGCCGCAUUCGCUGUAGCGCAAACUGAAACGAAGAGAAUUUGCAAGGAAAUUGACGACGCUGUGGUGGACGGUAAAGGCGACCUCGGGAUCUGGAAAAUAUGCGAGAACAUGAUCUUUCCAAUGCUGAAACAAGCAGGUUUAGAUGACAUACUGUCUUCCCGUUCAACAGCAAGCGUUUCCGGAAGCGGUGAUAACACUUACGGAAAUCGCUCCAAUCUGCCCAACAAAAAUAACAAUACCCCGUGCCAACCAAUUUGUGUCCAUCCAGACAUACCUAUUGUAACUGUUGUACGACAUGUAUACCCUGCUACUCUUCUCCAUGCUUUGAGAGUUCUUCAAAAUAAGUUUCCAAUGUCUCCACUCACCAUUCGAUUAUUUGAAAGCAUCCGAUCCCACGGACGAGCCUCGUUCGUUAUCGGGUCGUCAAAGGAACUAUUCCAUGAAUUAAUAGAUUUCCGUUGGCGUGUUUACAAUGACUUACCAUCUAUCGUGUCUUUACUCAAAGAGAUGGAGGAAAAUGGCAUCGACUUCGAUAAGAGAACACUUGAGUUAGUAGAAAGAAUUAGGCAACGUGGGGCGCGAGCAAUAUUGAAAGCAAGACAGUCCGACGGACGAAACAAGAACAGCAGCAUCAAGAGCAGAAGCAGAAGAACGGGCAGCAAUUCUGGCGUUAGCUGGUGGGAUUCACCUGCUAUCCGAAAGGCGUACCGAGAACUUACAAGCUGGGCAAAGGGUAUGGAUGCACAAAUUCGAGAAUUUAAAGAACUUGAGGAGAAGGCACAGGAAUUAUGGAGCAUCAAACGCCCAUGA